AAACCCCAAAACAAUGGCUGGGCUCCAACAUAGUUCAGGAAUGAUGUCUCCUGAAGAUUAUAGGAUGAUGAUGCAUGAGAAGUUAGUUACCCUUAUUAGGGAAGAGAAAGACUUACUUGAACUUAAAAAGAUCAUAGAGGACCGUAUCGAGGCUAAGAAAAAUACUAAAACGUACCAGAUUAAGGUAGACGAAGUGCCAAGACUAGGCAAGGAAAUAGUCGAAGAAUCAUCAAUAGCACACUCGAACGAAUUGCUUGAUUUGAAUAAGUUUGAUGAGAAUAAAAGUGAUAAAGCCUCAACCAAUAAUUUUAAAGUAAUCAAGACUUAUAUGAGGCAGAGUACGAUACAGAGUGUUUCCAGGUGGUCCAGAUUUGCUAUUGUUAGUCAUAAGAGUGCGGCUAUGAGUGAAGAAGAGGAAUGGAAUGGUGAUGAGGAUGAAGAGGACGAAGCAAGGCUUGAAGUUCUGGAUAAUAUUAUGUCAAAACUGAGCAAGGGUAAGAAAUCAAUAGACCAGAGUGUGUCCCAUAAAAUGGAAAAUGAUUCUAUCAAUUUCGGAUAA